AUGAAUCCUGGUGAUGGGUUUUUCCGGGUUCCUUUGGAGAAUCAAACUCAAAAGGAGUUUCAAUUCAUGGGUUCUUGGAUUCCAAUUACACCUAAGAAACCCAUGCAAGGUAGAUCAAGUGUGAUUGUUGAUGAGAGAGUGAUACAACAAGAUCUAAAUGGGGUUCCAAAUGGUGGAUUUUGCAACAAUGGUGUUGUACAAGAUCUUAACUACGCAGUGCAGGGGUUGGAUCAAAAUGAGGUUUAUGACAAUGGAUGUCAUCAGGGUGUGAUCAACAGAAAUAGGAUGAUUAAUGGCUUAGCAGGAUCAUGUGCACAAGCCAGGAGUAAUAGUGAGAGAGGAGAUCUUUUGGGUAGGAGCAAUGCAGCUUCUCUUUUAGCACCAGUUAUCAGAACCACCACUGGUAAUGUGGAGCUGGUCAAUGGAAACUUUACUUCAGAUGCGGGUAUGGUAAACGGUUCUUUCAACCAGAGUGGCGGUCCUCAAGCUGGCUAUAAUGAUUUUGAAUUGGACGACUUGUUGAAUCCUGAUCAGAUGCCCUUCUCCUUCACCAGCCUGCUGAGUGGUGGAGAUCACUUAUUCCAGGAUCCUCAGUAUGGAACUCCAGCAUGUAGCAGGCCUCUUUACAAUUUGAAUUCACCACCUAGAACAGAAGCAGUUGGGUCUGUCUGUGAAAGUUCUUUCCAACCUGUACCGUCAACGCCCACUCUGCCCAGAACGGGUCAAGAGAAUGGAUUCCUGGAAAAGAUCACAACCACUGGACGUGAAAUCACAGAGCAGAAAUCUGACAAAAGCAUGCAGACCAUUCUGGACCCGUCUGUUGUUAAUUCGACGGAAAUUACUGAACAACAGGAUGGCAGCAGACAAAAUGAUCUGGGGUUUGAUCUUAACAAGACACCUCAGCAGAAACCCUCGAAAAGGAGAAAGAAGUUCAUGCCCAAGGUGAUCGUGGAAGGGAAACCUAAAAGGAAACCACGCAAACCUGCAACUCAGGAAAAUGUGAAAUCUAAAGAAACCGGGAGUGGCAAAAGGAAGAAAGCUCAAAAGACAAACUUGAAAGAAUCAGCAGCUGAAAAGCCAGCCAACGUUGAAGAUAUGAGCAACACAAUCCCUGAAGUUACUGUCAAAAGUUGCAGAAAAGCUUUGAAUUUUGACUUGGAAAAAUCUGGAGAUUUGAGGCAAGGUGACUCUGAGUCUGAAGUUGUCCAGAACGCUAGUGGUUCAAACUCAGUUUCUGAGACCAGGGAUGCCACUGGUGGAACUAGUGGUAGUUGCUUGGAUUCAGUAACACAAGUAGACCAAACCGAUGGAUUGGUGGCUACGAAACAGCCACUUGACGCGUCAAUGAGAAACCAGCCAGAUGAACUAUCAACGGGAGCAAAAGAAUCCAGAGUAUUACAAGCAAAUCAUACUCGAACAGUGACCAGAGACCAACAACCUGAAUUAUUGAUUGGGAACCAGCAAUGCCAGUUCCCAUUGGCAACGCAGAACACCCAGUUCCCAGUGGGUAACCAACAAGCUUGGCUUCAGAUGAAAAACCAACUCCAUGGCUUUCCAUUCGGUAACCAGCAACCUCGCAUGACCACGAGAAACCAGCAGCCUUGCUUGGCCAUGGGUAACCAACAACCUAUGUAUCUGAUAGGAACCCAACGACCUGCGUUGGCGAAUGGAAACCAGCAACCAAGAGUUCUCCAAGGGAACAAGCAGCCUAUAUAUUUUAAUCAGCAAACGCAGCAGGCGUGUUUACCUGCUAUAAAUCAGCAAUCUGGAUCACCAACAGGCAUGCACCAGCGUGUUGUGUCAACAGGAGGGCAACAACAUGGACUACUAAACCAGCAACUUGGAUUUUUGUUAAGAAACCAGCAACAUGAAAUUCUUAUGAGAAACCAGCAACCUGGAUCAUCAUUGAGAAGCCAGCAGCCGUGUGUACCUUUAAUGAACCAGCGACCUGGAAAUCUGAAAGGUUUUACUCACUUGAAUCCAAUGGUUACUGCCUGCAUGUCACCGCCUGGGGUUCGACCUCCUCAUUCUCAAUCACAAACUCCGGCAGCGAAUCUGCAUGUGGAAUCGGUUUCCAGGGGUUUGAUUGGGACUGCAGGUACAUGUCAAAGAAGCAAGACUCCUGAAUACGGUUCUUUGCAGCAAGAUAUUCGUCAAGGAAAUGGGUACAUCCCAUUUCAAGGGAGGUCCAACGGUGAAUCUUUUGACGUAUACAAGAAAUCAUUAUCUCAAAACUCUUCUUUGCCAACUCCAGUUUUGACUAAACCUGUCGAAGCCAGGGGCUCAAAGAGACAGUAUGAUCGUGCAAUGGAACAGAUGCAAAACCAUGAUUUGAACCCAGUAGGUCGUUGGCCUUUGCUCCAACAGAUUUCUCAUAUACAAGAUGUGGAAAGACAGAAUUUAGAAGCUGCAAAGAAAAUGAAAAUCCAGAAAGGAGUCCAAGAAAAUUUGCAUGGCAUGCCUCCUGAGAUAAUAGAAAUCGAGGAUGAUCCAACUGAUGGGGCAAGAAAGGAUAAAAAUAAUGCUAGCAUCAACGAAACUGCAUCUAAUGGAAUUCUCAGUGUAGUUCAAAAUUCUACAGAUAAUGAGAAAUGUAUUGUCCCUAAAACGCCCAAAAGAAAGGGUCCUGCUGGGAGAAAGAAAUCAGUUCCUCCGCCUGCUCAUGCCUCAGAGAUCCAGAUUUGGGAACCUCCUCCUGGCAAGACAUCUUCAUCAAGAAGUAAAGUUAAAGAGAAAGCGAAGAAGUCCAUACAUGAUUCAGGGAAAUUAAGAGGUCCAUCCGGAGAAUUUCUAUAUCAAGAUUCUAUGGCAGAAAUAGUAUUUAGGUUGCAGAAUCUAAAUCUAGGUGACAGAACCAGAGAACAAGAUCAAAAUGCACUUGUCUUAUACAAAGGCGAUGGUGCAGUUGUUCCAUAUGAGAUCAAAAAGCGAAAACCAAGACCUAAAGUUGACCUUGAUGAUGAAACAACUCGGAUAUGGAAUCUACUGAUGGGGAAAGGAGAAAAAGAGGCUGAUGAAGAUAUGGAUAAGAAAAAAGAGAAAUGGUGGGAAGAAGAGAGGAGAGUUUUCCGAGGGAGAGCCGAUUCAUUCAUCGCCCGUAUGCAUCUUGUACAAGGGGAUAGGCGUUUUUCGCCAUGGAAAGGGUCAGUGGUUGAUUCGGUCAUUGGAGUUUUCCUUACCCAAAAUGUCACGGAUCACCUUUCAAGCUCUGCUUUUAUGUCACUAGCAGCUCGAUUCCCUCCAAAAUCAAGCAGCAAGCAAGAAGAUGAAAGACAUGUUAGAAGCGUAGUUGUUGAAGAUCCAGAAGGAUGCAUUUUGAACUUAAAUGACACCCCUUCGUGGAAUGAAAAGUUUCAAAAUCCAUCUGACGCGCAAGUUUCUGGGGUUGAUAGUGGCUCAAAAGAGCAACAGAAGGACUGUUCAAACUCUGGAAUCGAAAGAUUUAAUUUCUUAGAGCAGAGUAGUCAGAACUUGGAAGAGGAAGUAUUAUCAUCACAAGAUUCUUUUGAUCCUGCAAUAUUUCAGUCGUGCGGAGGAGUUGGAUCCUGUUCAGGUUCCAAAUCAGACGCAGAGUUUUCUACAACCAGGUGUGAAACAAAAACUGUCAGUGGAUCAGCACAAUCAGAGAAAUCCGGGAGUCCAAAUUUGUCUGAUGAAACUUGCCGUCAAGGGAAUGGGAGACCGAUUCUAUAUGAAGGAUCCGGUGAUGUUCAGAUACAAAGAACUGCAAGUGUCAUACAGAAGAAACCUGAUUUAGACAAAACAACGAACUGGAAGGACUCUCCUCCCUCUUUUGGUCAGCCAAGCAAUCAUACUAAUUGGCAAAAAGGACAGGCCAAUCCUUCCAGCAGCUAUGAGCAGAGCACGAUUCAGAAGCCACAGGUAUUAGAUAUAGAGGAUUUUGGAAUGCCAGGUGAUGGCAUUGGUUAUUCUUGGCUAUCAAUUUCACCAAGAGCUGACAAAGGAAAAAACAAAAAAGCACCUCGCAGAGUGUUCAGAAAAGGUGGAAACAAUGGACCAUCAAAUCCUCAUGAAAUACCAGGAUUGGGAUUGUCUACUUCCUCAAGCACCCAGCAAGUGCACCAGGGUGAUGCAAAUCAACAAUGUGGCACUCAACAAGAUGAGAUGAACAAAGCAUCCCAGUUACGAGAAACAUUUAUGGAUCUGCUCAACUCCUCUGAAGAAUGUCUUACAAGUUUGCAAAACGUAUUGGUCGAAUCGAAUUCCAGCAACAAUGAGCAUACGGCAACUGAAUUCACCGAGACAAAUUCGACUAUUGUACGAGAGAUGAAAGGGACGAUUGCUGAUGGGAAAAAGCCUACAAGCCAGUGGGAUAGUCUCAGAGAGGAUGUGAUGGAGAAUAAAGGGAGAAAGGAACGAAGCAAAGACAGUAUGGAUUCCAUAGACUAUGAAGCAAUUAGACGUGCUAGUAUCAGUGAGAUAGCCGACGCUAUCAAGGAAAGAGGGAUGAAUAACAUGUUGGCUGUACGAAUUAAGGAUUUCCUUGAACGGAUAGUUAAAGAUCACGGUGCCGUUGACCUUGAAUGGUUAAGAGAUGUUCCUGCUGAUAAAGCCAAGGACUAUCUCUUGAGCAUAAGAGGAUUGGGUUUGAAAAGUGUAGAAUGCGUGCGACUAUUAACACUCCACAAUCUUGCUUUCCCUGUUGACACGAAUGUCGGAAGGAUUGCCGUUAGGCUGGGAUGGGUGCCUCUACAACCCCUCCCUGAAUCACUUCAGUUACACCUGCUGGAGCUGUAUGAAUUACACUACCAGCUGAUUACAUUUGGAAAGGUGUUUUGCACGAAGAGUCGACCAAAUUGUAAUGCAUGUCCAAUGAGAGGAGAAUGCAGACACUUUGCCAGUGCUUAUGCUAGUGCACGACUUGCUUUGCCGGCGCCAGACGAGAGGAGCUUAGCCAGCUCAACUAUUCCGGUCCCUCCUGAGUCCUUUCCUCCUGCAGCCAUCCCGAUGAUGGAACUACCUCCUCCUCUCGAGAGAUCCCUAACAAGGGAAGCACCGUCGAAUGGAAGAAACUGUGAACCAAUAAUAGAAGAGCCGGCCUCGCCCGAGCAAGAAUGCACAGAGAUAACAGAGAGUGACAUUGAAGAUGCGUACUACAAUGAAGAUCCUGACGAGAUCCCAACCAUAAAACUCAACAUAGAACAGUUCGGCAUGACUCUAAGGGAAGUCAUGGAGAGAAACAUGGAGCUCCAAGAAGGUGACAUGUCCAAGGCUUUGGUUGCUUUGAAUCCAGCCACUACUUCUAUUCCAUCUGUCAAACUAAAGAACAUUAGCCGGCUCAGGACAGAGCACCAAGUGUAUGAGCUCCCGGAUUCACAUUCUCUCCUCGAUGGUAUGGAUAAAAGAGAACCAGAUGAUCCAAGUCCUUAUCUCCUAGCUAUUUGGACACCAGGUGAGACAGCGAAUUCGGCUCAACCGCAUGAACAGAAGUGUGGAGGGCAAGCGUCUGGCAAAAUGUGCUUUGACGAGACUUGUUCAGAGUGUAACAGUGUGAGAGAAGCGAACUCACAGACAGUUAGAGGAACUCUUCUGAUACCUUGUCGAACUGCGAUGAGAGGAAGUUUUCCACUCAAUGGGACAUACUUUCAAGUCAACGAGUUAUUUGCAGACCAUGAUUCCAGUCUCAAACCCAUCGAUGUUCCUAGAGAUUGGAUAUGGAAUCUACCUAGAAGAACUGUUUACUUCGGGACAUCAGUAACAUCAAUAUUCAGAGGAUUCGUAUGUGUCCGAGGAUUCGAACAGAAGACAAGAGCACCGCGUCCGCUGAUGGCAAGGUUGCAUUUCCCGGCUAGUAAAUUGAAGAACAACAAAACCUAA